GCAACGGGAGAGGCCACAACACUGAGAGGCCCGCGUACCGCAAAAAAACAAAACAAAACAAGAUCUUCCUAUAAAGAUGGUAUUUAGCAGUUCCCCAAAGGUCUCCAAGUAUGCCCUCAAGAGGUUGGCCCAGCUAUCCUGGCCCUUCCAGGAGGCUCCCUCUAGACCUCCCACAAUCCAACAAAUAAAGGGUUGACACCUGCCAGGUCUGGAGGCAUCCAGGACCCAACCAUGUUACACGUGUGGCUAGAACCUCAGGUCACAGCCCCAGGACCUGGCUUAGGGUUGACGCUAAGUGAAUAUUCGUUGAAUGAAUGAAUGAGCAACAGAGGAGAGGGAAAAUCAAAGAUUCAGAGGAAUUCAGAGAGACUAAGAGAGACAACAGGUGAAUAGAGAUGGAGGAGGCUGGCAUCAGGGUGGAGGCUCCCAGAAGAUGCUGGGAAGGCCCAGCUCACUCCUUCUUUCUCUCUCGCAUUCUGCUGCUUUUGAAGACUCUUCCCCUUAAGGGCCUGUCCAGUCCCUGCCUGUGCAACCCAGGGCAACCCCUGCUCCCAAACAGGGCUCAGGAAGCAGGCUGAACUUUUGGGGCAGAAGGCUGGACCUGGGAGGAUACCCCAGAUGCUGAAUUAUCUGAGAAUCAUUAUCCAAAGGCUGCUGACCAGACAUCUUCUCCUCCCCCCCGCCCCACGCCACCACCUGCAGAGGAGCUAGAAAACAGCCAUCUUGCUGACCAAGAAGUGAGAGAGAGUCUCGGGGCCAGGGGCCACCGAAGGCCAGAGAGGCUGCUCAGCCUGGUAGAGCAGUGCUCAGAGGCAGCUACCACCCUCCCAUGCCUGCCUGGCUGGGCACCUAGAAUCCAACUGUACCCCAGAGCCCAUGCUGGGCCAGAGGAUCAGGACCCUGAGGGGAGGUAGGGAGGAGGUGAACUGGGGAGAGGGCAAAAGGGGAAGCAAGGAGGAGGGUCAGGGACCCCUGUCACUCCUGUCCCUUCCAAUUCUUGAGAAGGGGCAACCCCCAUUCCUAGGAGGAGCCCUACCCUCCAUCAGUUCUGGGCAGUGGCUGGUUCCUAUGGGCCUAGGCCACAUCCCCUAAGAAUGGCAGCUCUUCCUUCAGGCCGAGGUCUGAGACAUCUUUGCAAAUACCCACAAGUCCCUCCCACACAACAACCCCUUCAGACAGCUGGGGUUAGGCUACGGGCAGUGUAGACAGAGGGCCUUCCCCACCACCAGCCCCACUGGCCUUCACGUUUUCCUCUGUGAAGCCCCUUGUGGCCUCUGGGAGUCAGAACCAAUAAUGUGAGGGUCCUCCAUCUGCUUAGAGGUCUCCAGGGGCCCGGCACCCACUGGGUAGAGGCCACGUACCUCUGCCUGCUGAUACCCACCCCUGGCCUCAGUUCCUGAGCACCCUGAACGUGUGCACGGUUUCUGCUUAUGUGGGUCCGCUUCUUGAAACAUAUCCUCUUCUUUCUUUCUUCACUUACUCAGUUUCUAGGUUGGCCUUCCAGGCUGCCUUCAGACACCACCUCCCGGGAGGCAAUUCUCCAUCUUUGUCCCCUCCCUCAUCCCCACUCCUGUGGGUUCUGCAGCCUCUCCUCUAGGCCCCCAGAGCCUCUGUGAUUCCCAGGGUCACACAUUUACCCCUGUGGUAAUUCAGUUCUCUCCUAAGUGUCUCUUUCCCAACUGGACAGUGGCUCCUGGAGGGAGGGGUCAUCUGGUUCAUCUCUGAAGCCUGGUUCACAGUAAGUGCUCAAUUAACAGCUGCCUCCUCGCUGUCUAUCUACCAGGACCCCAGCGGAUGCAAACCUUGCUUGUGUAACAAGGGUCUCUUGACUCUUAACUGAGAAGACCCUCCUGCCAUCUAGCUUCCCUUCUUUCCAGCUGCUGGGGCAGCCCAGACCCUCUCAUAUCCACACUGGACGUGCAGGGAACCCAAGUGUCAGUUGGCCCCUGCCCAGCCUGCUCGCAGGUCCAGCCUUCUGACCUACAAGUGUGGUGGGAUGCAGACGCGGGUGAGGAGGCUGAGGCUUGGGAGUGGGGUAAGGAACGCAACUGUUGAGGCUCAGACCUCCCCGGCCAGGUUAAUCAUCAAUGCCUAGAGAGCCGGCUGUUCUUUAUCUCCGUUCCCUAUCGCCUUUUCAGUUGGGCAAAAGAUUGAGUAAUCCCUCUCCUCUCUCUUGUAUUAACCCUGGAGGGGCUCGGCCAGGGAAGUCUGAGCCUAUAAGGCCGCUUAUUCUUUGGGAAACACUCUCUAACAGUAUGCUUGAGGGGGCGGGUGCCCUCCCUUCUUCCUCCCCCCCACCGCCCCCUGCGGUCCCGCAGCUGCGCCCCAGCAGGCAGAACAUAGGGCGCCUCUCUAGGGUCAUUUCCAAGGACCUGUCCCAACCGGAACGGCGCCAGGGUCAGCUGGCCCAAAGGAAAGAGGACUUGGGGGUACAAACGCCCCAUCGCCUUCCACUCCUUGCCCCACCUCAGGCCUGGGACGUCGCCCACCCUUCCCCACCUCCCGGGCUGGAGCCGGGAACUGCGGGCAGGUAAGCCACCUUGUGGGCGGGGCCUGGCUCCAGUGGGCGGGGCCUGGCUCUAGUGAAACCUGCCCGGCCCGCCCGGUGAGUGUCUCCCAGAGCCGCGCGCCAGGAGCUCUAGCCGGAGACGGAGACUCGCAGCCUCUAUCCCAUGGCCGGGUCUCCCCGCCGCACCGCGGGCCGGCGACUGCAGCUGCCCCUGCUGUGCCUCCUCCUCCAGGGCGCCACCGCCAUCCUCUUUGCGGUCUUUGUCCGCUACAACCAUGAAACCGACGCUGCCCUCUGGCACUGGCACAACCACAGUAACGCGGACAAUGAAUUUUACUUUCGCUACCCAAGCUUCCAGGAUGUACACACCAUGAUCUUCGUGGGCUUCGGCUUCCUCAUGGUCUUCCUGCAGCGCUACGGCUUCAGCAGCGUGGGCUUCACCUUCCUCUCGGCCGCCUUUGCCCUGCAGUGGUCCACACUCGUCCAGGGGUUCUUCCACUCCUUCCACCAUGGCCACAUCUAUGUAGGCGUAGAGAGGGCUGCCCUCGCUUCCAGCCCCCUCUCACCCUCCCCAUCCCAACCCCCCAGCAUGAUCAAUGCUGACUUCUGCGCUGGGGCUGUGCUCAUCUCCUUUGGUGCCAUACUGGGCAAGACUGGGCCGGCUCAGCUUCUGCUCAUGGCCCUGCUGGAGGUGGUGCUGUUUGGCCUCAACGAGUUUGUGCUCCUUAGUCUCCUCAGGGUGAAGGAUGCAGGAGGCUCCAUGACUAUUCACGCUUUUGGCGCCUACUUCGGGCUGGUCCUCUCCAGGGUCCUCUAUAGGCCCCAGCUGGAGAAGAGCAAGCAUCGCCAGGGUUCCGUCUACCAUUCGGACCUCUUUGCCAUGAUUGGGACCAUCUUCCUAUGGAUCUUCUGGCCUAGUUUCAACUCUGCACCCACUGCGCUGGGGGAUGGGCAGCAUCGGUCGGCUCUCAACACGUACUACUCCUUGACUGCCAGCACCCUCAGCACCUUCGCCUUGUCAGCCCUUGUCGGGAGGGAUGGGCGGCUGGACAUGGUCCACAUCCAGAAUGCCGCACUGGCCGGAGGGGUUGUGGUGGGGACAUCGGCUGAAAUGAUGCUGACACCCUUUGGGGCUCUGGUAGCUGGCUUCCUGGCUGGGACCGUCUCCACACUGGGGUACAAGUUCUUCACGCCCACCCUUGAGUCAAAACUCAAAGUCCAAGACACGUGCGGUGUCCACAACCUCCACGGGAUGCCUGGGGUCCUGGGAGCGCUCUUGGGGGUCCUUGUGGCUGGGCUGGCCACCCAUGAAGCUUACGGAGAUGGCCUAGAGAGCGUGUUUCCACUCCUAGCCAAGGGCCAGCGCAGCGCGACGUCUCAGGCCAUGCACCAGCUCUUCGGACUGUUUGUCACACUGAUAUUUGCCUCUGUGGGUGGGAGCCUCGGAGGACAUUUGCAGGUUGUCCCCAGAAGAGGUUGGACCAGAGAUGCCUGCUCUGAAGGGGGCCCUCUCUCUCUCUCUGGCCUGGAUUUCUGGAGCUCUCUGGGCCUGCUCUGGAUGGUCUUUGGAAGGUCCCUGGGCAGGACCCAAGCAGACCCAUCCUGGCUCUGAGGCUGAGAGAGGAAGUGGGCUUUGUUGUGCUGGGGCAUCGGCUGGAUUCUUAAGUUCGCUUUUCCCACCCUGCUCGUCUUGGCAGGGGAGCCCUCAGCUGGAGAAGAUGCCCCCCCCACCCUAGUGUCCCCUCCUCCCCAGCUCAGCACCAUCCAUCUCCGUCUCCCCAGAGUGAGGAAUGUGGCUCCGGGACACUGCGGGGCUUGUUCCCAAUCCCCUUCUAGCUCAUUUCACUUGGGCUUUUACAGGCGCGCCUUCAUCCCACAGGCUGCUGUCUGGGUUCUGGCUCUGACGGCGCAGACAGAGAUCUCCCCUCCUCCCUGCAAUUCCUCACGCUUCAUUUUGUCCCAACACCAUCUGAGGAGGCUACGCCGUGGGGGGUCAAGGAGCCCUGGUGUGGGAGCCGGUGGGGGCAGUGUCCCCCUUCUUCCCAGCCCUCCAGCCACUCAGCUGGCCUCUGCUGGACCCUACAGCUGCACGGUAUCUGCAAGCUAUGCACAGGGUCUGCAAGCCAUCCAUCCCCUCACUAGCAUUCCUGUCCGCGCCCCGCAAGCCUCGAUUAUUGGUGGAAUUAGUACCGGGCUUCUUGUUGGCAGUUGCUAAUUAAGACCAUUUUUAAACGUGGUUAUUAAUGCUGCAGAGGGCUGUAGCCGCCGGCAUCUAUCACCCGCACCACUGGCGAGGUGCUGGCUCAGGAUGGCUCCCGCCUGCCUCCAUGUUGCCCCACCAGGCUUCAGGUCUUCGAGGCAAGGGUUGGUGGGUACAGAAGUUCAGAGGGGGUUUAACUGAGGCUUCCAGAGAAAUGGAGGGGCCGCCUUCACUCCAGGGUGCCCCCAAACUGGAACCGUGAGUGUGUGUGUUGGUUGGGGGGGGCACUGUGUGAGCCACGUGCUGCCAGUAUCUUUCUUCCCCAGAAUGUUCGGGGCUGUGUCAGGAUGGAGCUCAUGAAGACUCUAGGGAGAGCUUGGGCCAUCCCCUAACGUGCCCCUCUGCUCUCCAGCAACCCAAAUACCGGCUCUGCCUUGAGCCAGGUGAGGGGGACCAUUUCAGUGAGACCCUCCAUAUAAAAGGGGGUGAUGCAUCUGAGUGGAGCACUUACCUCACAGUUUGUGGGUACCUACCAGGUGCCAGGCCUUAGGGAUCCUCUCAUAAAUAAAUCACCCUUCCAGGGCACUGUCCCAAAUCCCUCCAGACUGGCUGAGGUCUGCCUCCUCUGUAGACCCCCUCACCCCCUUUCACGCUUCAGCCAGCCUCGCAGUGUGUUGUAACGAGCUAUUCAUUUUUACCUGCUCACCCCCACUGGACCACGCCUUGCUCAAGGACAGCGGCUGCAUGUUGCUUACUGCAAACAGUAAAAGUCUUUGUUGAUUCAGCCUUCUGGCCCCGCUCCCUCCUCUCUGACCUCCAGCCUUGGCCUUCCAGAGCAGGAUGUGUGGCACGGAGCCUCUGGCCCAUUUUGCCUCGGUUGGACCCAGUCAGCCAGGACUCGGAGGAGGUGUAUGUGGCCUGGCGUGCAGGGCUGGGCCUCUCAGGGGCCUUCCGAGGGAGCCGGUCCGCUCUCAGCAGGCCUGUCUGGGCUUCCCCUCCGGCCCAGCCUGGCCGCUGCACCCCUCCCUCUCCACCCAUGUCUGGAGAGGCGGCCCAAGGCGGCUCAGGAGAGCUUGGGAAGGCACCCUCCCCCAUACACCUGCUCUUCCCCAUUCUUCUCCAUGCGGAUUUUACUGUCUUGACCCUUUCCUGCAGCUUUUGAAGGAAGGAUCCACCAAGACUCUAGUGUCCCCCAAUCCAGGAAAAGAGAAGAGGAAAAAGAAGUCCUGGAAACAAAACCCCUCCAACAACCUUAAAGUAGGAGAGAUUGGUUGGAAGCCUUUUAAUCCCUUAAUCCCUCUCAGAUGGGCCUUGAGACGUUAAUGAUUUUCCUAAUUAUUCCCUCCCAUUUUCCCAUCGCUCUGUAAGGACUUUCGAGAGGAGUGAAAUUCCGAGUGAGCGGGUGUGGGAUGAAUGGUGGGCCCACCCCCCCCCCCCCGAGAUCGAGCCCAGAGUCCAGGCGGCUGGGGAGGUGGGGGAAGUCGAGGAGCGCUCCAGCUGGGGGCUAGGGCUUCCCUGCCACUGACACCCGUGUGCAAGGCGGGCCUGGGACAAUGGGGCUGUCGGGGGCUGCCUGAGAGGGCCAGGUGUGGGGCUGGGGUCCCCUCAGUGUGAAUGGCCCAUUAUCCUGCCUAGAGGAUGGGAGUGGAGGGUCUCUUUGUGUCCCCCAGGAAAGGCCCCUCUGGGUGAUAAUCACCCUGGGAGGGAGGUGGAUGUGGUGAUAAGGGUCUUUAGAGGGGGUCAAGCCUCCUCAGAGAACAGUUGGCCAUUCAGGCCUUUGGCCCUUCUCUUGUUUCCAGCAGCCUGGGAUCCUGUGGCCCAUCCAUGGGGGUGGGGGUGAGGGGGAGGCCAGCAGACAUGGCCUGGCUCUGAGCUCAAGCCCCCUCCCCAUCACCGUAGUCUGCUACACUAAGUUUGGGGGUAACCUUCUGCAGGAAACCACCCCCAGACCCCCUUCCCAACCCCUACCUAGUCUUGGGUACCCUGGGGCCUUGCCUCACCUCCACCAAGACACUGAGUUUCUGAGAGUAGACCUUGAUCCUGGCGUGUUGCUCUACUGUAUAAAACACUCGCAGAGAUUCUCAUUCCACCUCUACAAACUCCCUGCAGGGUGAGGGCAUCAGCCUCAUUUCACAGAUGACAAAACUGAGUUUCGGAGCAGUGAAGGGACUCAUGUGAGCUUACACAGCCAGUAGAGGCAAAACUGAGAUUAGAGCCUGAUCUUCCCAUCCUAGGCACAGGGCUUUUGCACCUGCUCCCUCUGCCUGGAAUGCUCACCUCCCUAAUGACCACGUGGCUGGCUUCCUCAUCUCCUUUGGUCUUUGCUCAAAUCACAUCCUCCAUGAAAGGAGAAGUCUGGAGUUUCCUGAAAAGUGACACGGGAGGUGGGGGAGAGUAGGUGGAGGUGCAGAUGGAACGACCGGCCGUUGUUGAAGCUGGAUGAGGGGUAGAUGGGGGUUCGUUAGAUUAGUCUAUUUUUGCAUCUAUUUAACAUCUUCCACAAGAAAAGUUUGGACAAAACCUGGCCUUCCGGAAGCACCUUAUUUUAAGUUGAAUUCACCACCCCAACUCCAGCCCUUAUGUCCCCUUUCCCUUCCUAUUUUUCUUCAGAUCACUCAUCAGCAUCUCUACCUAUUUUGAGUAUUUGCUUGGAUUCAUGUUGGUCUCCCACAGUAGCCUCGCACGGCCUGAGGUCCUGGGGUCUGUUGGUGCGGGCUGGUGCCCUGGCACACAGAGCGGCACCUGGCACUUAGGGGCGCUUUGUCCAUUAUUAGCGAAGGCCCGGGUGACCUGGGUUUGCGGCUGAAGGCUCUUGGCCAAGCCGCCUUGAAGCAAAGAAAGGGCGGCCCAUCGGCUUGGGUUUCCGGCCUGUGGGGUCCUUCAGCACCUGGAGCCACAGCCGGAGGGUCCUUCCCAGCGCCCCCCAGCCUGGGCUAAGCCCCUAAGUGUCCCAUUAUGUACCAUUCACUUCUCACUUUGUCGGGCCCGUCCGCAGCCGCUGCGUCCUUUUGUCAGAGGGGCCUGGGAGUGCGAGGGGCUAUUACCACAAGGCCUCAUUAUUCCCAGCCAGAGCAAUAAUGAUGAGUCCCUUCCCCAGGCUAGCACAUUUUGCAGGGUCCCUCCCAUUUAAUAACUAUAAUAACAGCCACCAUUUAUGAGCCCCCACUUCGUGCCCCGCCGCGCCAAGCACUUUACAUACAUUAUCUCAUUUAAUCCCCCCAACAGCUCUGGCAAAUAGCUGUUUGUAUCCCCAUUUUUCAGAUAAGAAUGCUAAGACUGGGUGCCCAGAGCUCCUUUAUCCUCAGCUCAGCCAUACAGGGGGAGGAAGGGCAGGGAUACACCCAUGCCCCAGAUGGGACAAGGAGGCGCAGAGACAGGAGGUGGCCUGGGAGAGAGCACACAGGAGAUAACAGGGCCCAUGGCUGGGGCUGGGCAGCAAGUCUCCCUCGGGCAUGUACAGAGGAGGGCGGGCAGCCGCCCUCAGACCUCUGCAGGGGAGAGCAGCCAGGCCGUCACUGUGUGUUCACAGGGGCAGCUGCUGGCUUGGGGAGCUUCAGUGACUUGCCCUGUGCAGGGCUAGUGAGAAUCCAGGGGCUCUGCCCGCAAUGCCCACCCAAUAGGGAGGGGGCGCUUCUGCUCCCUGGGCCAACACUGAAAUGCUCUUAGAGGACCUGGCGGAGUGUGGGGCACAGGGACCAGGCCCUGGGAGGAGGCAGGAGCAGGGUGAGAGAAGGGGAAGGUGGAGGGAAGGAACUGAAAUUGCACUGUUUCCUCCCCAGUGAGGAGUCUCAGGGGUUCUCUUAUGCUCUGGCCUUUGGGGUUAAACACUGUCCUUCCCAAGCUUUCAAAAAAGAUGCAGUAAUUAUUAUUUUAAAUUAGAUUUAUUUCUGAAUAAUAAUUUCUUCACUUUUUAAAAUAUUAA